UCUUUUUUCCAACCCGCCUACUUCCUGAAGGUGUUUGUAUUUUAUGAGUUAGCAUUUUUCACAUGUUGCCUUUUGUGCUUUUUACAACUUUUAUCAAAAAAUGGUUGAAGAAUGGAUUACUAUGAAGAUGAGGAAUAUAGUUGCAGUUGUUAGUGUGCAAUGGCAGAUUUCUCACUAGAUGGCCAUCUAACUGAGAGAUGCGGCUGUCUGUUCGACGGGGAUUCAUACUGCUAUUGUGUCUAUUUGGAGUGUAUACCACUUUGAAAGCACUGCACCAUACGCUUAUGUGCCAGAGUGGAUAUGCUCAUAACCUAAGAGUGUCAGUACUAGUUAAAGGGAGCAAUCAGACCCAAUACCACUACACCCAGGACUCUCCAGUGCUGUUUGUUGGUGGAGUACCUCGCUCAGGGACUACUCUGAUGCGUGCCAUGCUUGAUGCCCACCCGGAUAUUCGUUGUGGAGAGGAGACCCGGGUAAUCCCCCGGCUUCUGGCUCUGCGCCAUGGCUGGAGGAGGUCGGGAGAAGACCGCUGGGCACUGGAUGAAGAGGAAAUCACCCAGGACAUCCUGGACUCAGCCACAGCUGCCUUCUUGCUUGAGGUUAUUGCUCGUCAUGGUGAGCCUGCACCACUGCUCUGCAAUAAGGACCCAUUUACGCUGAAGAGCUCCAUCUACCUCUCAAAAUUAUUUCCCAACUCAAAGUUUCUUCUUAUGGUACGUGAUGGUCGGGCCUCAGUGCACUCUAUGAUCUCAAGACAAGUUACAAUUGCUGGUUUUGACCUUUCCAGCUACAGGGACUGCCUUAGCAAGUGGAGCCAAGCAAUUGAGGUCAUGCUAUUUCAGUGCACACUGGUAGGUUCUACACGCUGUCUGACCAUUCACUAUGAAAAUUUGGUCCUGCAGCCACGCACCACAAUGGUGAAAGUGCUGGACUUCUUGAAUGUACCAUGGCAUGAGGGGGUACUUCACCAUGAAGAAGCUAUUGGACAGCCUGGAGGGGUUUCUUUAUCUCGAAUCGAGCGCUCCACUGACCAGGUCAUCAAACCAGUUAACCUAGAGGCACUCACUCGCUGGGUAGGCCACAUUCCAGCUGAUGUUCUAAACGAUAUGGACAAUAUUGCUCCAAUGCUUUACAAGCUGGGUUAUGACCCCACGGCCAAUCCCCCAGACUAUGGCCAACCAGAUCCUGAAGUGAUUCAGAACACAGAAAGGGUGCUCAAAGGAGAUUUUAAGCCUCCAGCAAGUUUGAAAAGAUCAUCACAAGAAAGUAUGACAUAAAAAUGUCUGUAUAUAUCUGGUCCUUUUCUAUAUGUUAAUUAAGUGUAUGUAAAAACAUGUUCCAGCAUGACACUGCCCCUCUGGAAAAAUUUUACACCUACAGACAUGUUUUUGUGUGGUGGGAGGAAACCCACGCAAAUACUAGAAGCACAUACAAAAUUCCACACAAACAGUAACCUGAGUUCAAGAUCACACUGGGACCUAGAGUUGUGAAGCUGCAAUGUUAUGUGCAUGCUACCCAUCUUUUUUAUUUUAUUUUUUUUUAAGUUUGUAGUUUAAACUAUACAAUAGCAUUAUAAUUUUUCACAAAUAUAGAGAAAAAUUAUAAUUAAUAUUGCAACAAAUGAUAAGGGAUAAAAAAAAUGUUUUUCCUAUCAUUUUGUUUUAAAACAGUUGACAUUCUUUGUCAGAAUGGUAGUGAAAAUGCAAAUAAAAAAGGAAAGCAGUGUUUUUUAAA